AUGUCGCAGACGAACUGGGAGGCGGAUAAGAUGCUGGAUGUGUACAUAUAUGACUAUUUUGUUAAGAGAAACCUUCAGGCAACCGCAAAGGCCUUCCAAGCAGAAGGCAAGGUCUCAUCAGAUCCAGUUGCUAUCGAUGCUCCUGGUGGCUUUCUCUUUGAGUGGUGGUCUGUAUUUUGGGAUAUAUUCAUAGCACGAACAAAUGAGAAGCACUCAGAUGUUGCAGCGUCAUAUAUCGAGACUCAGCUAAUUAAAGCAAGGGAACAGCAACACCAACAGCCACCUCAACAACAGCAACAGCAACAGCAACAGCAACAGCAACAGCAACAGCAACAGCAGCAGCAGCAAAUACAAAUGCAACAAAUGCUGUUACAGAGAGCUGCGCAGCAGCAGCAGCGUAGAGACGGUUCUCUUCUCAAUGGUACUGCAAGUGGAUUUUCUGGGAAUGAUCCUUUAAUCCGACAAAAUCCAGCUAAUGCGAAUUCGAUGGCAGCAAAAAUGUAUGAAGAGAGGUUAAAGCUCCCUCCCCAGAGGGAUUCUCUGGAUGAGGCAUCAAUAAAGUUGCAGCAAAGAUAUGGAGAAAAUGUGGGGCAAGUAAUUGAUCCGAACCAAGCAUUAUUGAAAGCAGCUGCAACUGGACAAUCCUCUGGGCAAAUUUUGCAUGGGACUGCUAGUGGUUUGUCAGGUACUCCGCAACAAGUUCAGGCAAGAAGCCCACAACCACCUAUGGCAGAACAGAAUAUUAGGACCGAGAUCAAUCCAGUGUUGACACCGAGAGCAGCAGGCACUGAAGGUUCGUUGAUUGGUCUCCAAGGAUCUAAUCAGGCUGGAAACAAUUUAACUCUGAAAGGCUGGCCACUCACGGGACUUGAUCAUUUUCGCUCUGGAAUUCUGCAGCAGAAGCCAUUUAUGCAAUCUCCACAGCAAUUUCAGCAGCUCCAGUUUCUGACUCCACAGCAGCAGCAGCAGCAGCUUUUGCUGCACGCUCAGCAAAAUCUGUCUUCCUCGAUGUCAAGCGACGUUGAUACCAGAAGAUUAAGGAUGCUUCUUAACAACAGGAAUGUGGUCCUUGGACAUGGACAGGAUGGGCAGACAAAUAGUGGUGGUGAUAUUAUCCCAAAUAUUGGUUCACCGGGGCAAAGUGGUGGAUCACGUAAUGAUAUAGAUAUACUAAUAAAGAAGAAACUUGCUCUUCUACAGCAGCAGCAGCAACAGUUGCAGCAGCAAAGUCAUAGCCAGCAGCAGCAGCUUCAGCAACCUGCGCUCUCUGGACAGCAGUCUCAAAGCUCAAACCAGCUUCUCCAUCAGCAUGGAAAAUCAGGAGUUGGGAGCUUGCCUAUCGAUGAAAACUUGCCAAACUCUUUUGGAUUUCCUGAACAAGGAUCAAAGAAGAGAAAGAAACCUGUCUCAUCCUCUGGUAGAGCUAAUAGUUCAGGAACAGUGAACACUGCUGGGCCAUCUCCUAGCUCGGCACCCUCAACACCAUCUACUCACACGCCAGGAGAUGCAAUGUCCAUGCCACAACUGCAGUAUAAUGGUGGCCCUUCAAAACCAUUGAUGAUGUUUGGAUCUGAUGGCACUGGAAGCUUGACUUCUCCAGCAAACCAGCUGGGUGACGUUGACCGUUUGUUGGAAGAUGGUUCCUUGGAUGAAAAUGUAGAAUCUUUUUUAUCGCAAGAUGACAUGGAUCCUCGAGAAACAAUGGGACGCUGCAUGGAUUCUAGUAAAGGGUUAGGUUUUACUGAGGUUGCAAAAGCCCGUGCGAGUACAAACAAAGUUGUCUGCUGCCAUUUCUCAUUGGAUGGGAAACUUCUUGCCACCGGGGGGCAUGAUAAAAAGGUCGUUUUAUGGUUUACAGAUGUGCUAAAACGUAAAUCUGCAUUAGAAGAGCACUCGUUGCUAAUUACAGAUGUUCGAUUCAGCUCUGGCAUGACCCGCCUUGCAACAUCUUCCUUUGACAAAACCGUGCGGGUUUGGGAUGCUGACAAUCCAGAUUAUUCUCUCCGUACUUUUACAGGUCAUUCAGCAUCUGUCAUGUCACUUGAUUUUCAUCCGAACAAAGAAGACAUCAUUUGUUCGUGUGAUAGUGAUGGUGAAGUGCGGUGUUGGAGCAUAAAUAAUGGUAGCUGUGUGACCUGCGUUAGGGUUUUCAAUGGAGGAGCUACUCAGUUAAGAUUUCAACCUCGCCAGGGUAAAUAUCUGGCAGCUGCCUCGGAAAAGGGAAUAUCCAUAUUGGAUGCGGAGACGCUACAAGUUUGUAGAACUCCUUUGCAGGGCCACAUACAGAUUAUUCAGUCAGUAUGUUGGGAUGCUGCGGGCAACUAUCUGGCGUCUGUCAGUGAAGAUUCUGUCAGGGUGUGGUCAUUCACCUCAGGGAACGAUAUCGAAUGCAUACAUGAGCUGAACUGCAGCGGGAAUAAGUUCCAUUCAUGUGUUUUCCACCCAAGUUACCCGAAUUUGCUUAUAAUUGGUUGUUAUGAGUCUCUAGAGCUUUGGGACAUAAGGGAGAAGAACACAGUGACAAUCAGCAACGCUCAUGACGGCAUGGUUGCUGCCCUAGCCGCGUCAAGUGCAUCGGGGCUGGUUGCGUCAGUGAGUCAUGAUCAGCUCGUUAAGCUCUGGAAGUGA